UUCAAUGUUGCGUAUGUAUGUAGGAAGAUGAUGAUAUCUUGUGAGCAAAAAAAGAAUAGCAUAUAGAGAGUUGAGGGAGAUAGUGAGGGAGCAUGGGGUGUGCUACAUCUGCUUAUGCUUCUGUGGGAAGGAAGAACAAGAAGAGGAACAUUCAAGAAUCUGUAGUGUUUGUUCCACAGCUCCGUGUUCCUGUUCAAUGUGAUCUUCAGCGACAGCUCAAAGGCGUUGCUCCUAAGACCACCAUCGAUCGGUUGUCAUGUCUAAGGAAUCAGAUUCAGUUGGUAGCUGAGGACACAGAAUUUGCAGGUGGUUCUGCCAUAUCUGAGCUGCGUACAGCUUUGGAGGAGUACUUGUCUCUUCUCACCGGUCUUAUCAAGAAAAAAAAUGAUGGCAUGGAGGGAUGUGUGGAGUUCAAAUGGAAAACCCUAGGAGAUGGUCGAAGAGCAGAGUUAUGUUUCACAAACCUUUGGAUGGAGAUGCUGACAGUGAUCCACAUGAUGGCUGCUUUGGCAUUAACUGAAGCUAACUCUCUCAUGAUUCCAAAGACUUGCUCUGAUUCUAGCAAUAGCGUCCGUGUGGUCUCUAGUGAUUGCAGGAGAGAUGCUGUUGACUUGCUGCUCAAGGCGUCUGGAUACUUGGAGUUCUGCGUCCGAGAGAUAUUGCCUCGCUUUCCUCCUGAUAUAAAGAGUAAAUUGCCAGAUGAUAUGCAAGAGAGUGUUUUACAAACUCUUUCAAUUCAAGCACUUGGCCAGGGAACUGAGAUUCAGCUAGGAUUAGCAGUAGAUAGCCAGAAAGCUACACUCUCUGUGAAGAGGAGACUUGCCUGUGAGCAAGUCAUCUACUUCUCUCAGGCAUAUCAAUGCUUGUCUGGUUGUGAAGUAGUUAGUCAGGGAUGUGCCAAAAAGCUUCUUCGGUUCAUAUACUGGAAGUUUCUUGAAUCAAAGGCUGCAGCAUACUACUACCAUGGACUUGUAACAGACAAAGGAAACGAGCCAGCUUGCCAUGUGAGCGCGGUGUGUUGUUUCCUUGCAGCUGCAGAGCUCUUAGCAGAAAGCAAGAAGGCUUGUUUCAGCUUCUGCUUAGCUCCUCCUGUCACCAGGGCUCCUCCUAUGUGGGGUGUUAUGAAGCAUUUGAGUCAGAAGAUUCCAGAAGUUGCUUUUAGAAAGUCUCAAACUUAUGGAUACUUGCUUGAAGAAGAAGAAAAGGCAAUGCAAUGUUUGCCAGAGCUCCCAGACUUUCAAUUGUCAUUGAGACCAGAAGAGUUUGAACUGCCUGAGAUAGAAGCUGGCUCAUCUGAAGGAAACCAAACCCAUUUGCUUAGUGAACAUCUCGAAGACUACUCUGAUAAUAAUGAAGAUGAUGAUGAUGAGCUUGAUCAUUGAGAAACACUGUCUCUACACUUAUUCUUUUGAGUAUCUUACCACUUAUAUAAUUGUAAUGUAAUAGAGUUACUUCUUUUACAGUACUAGUUUCUUCCGUGUCUGAUACUUGUUAAACUUUUUGAGUAUAGCAUGUAAUGUGACUAAUUAUUUAUGCUAAUAAGAACUUGAAAGGUUUAAGAAAAAA